AACGCCAAGACUCCCAAAAAACUAAAAGUGGAUCCGAACCGAGGGAAGAGGCCCUUCUCUUCCGAUGAAUUGGAGGAAGAAAACCCGUUCCCGAUCUACUCAGCUAGAUCUCAACAUGACACGUCGGCCAUGGUUUCUGCGUUAGCUCAAGUGAUAACGAGUGGGAGUGGGAGUAGCAGAAGCCCAGUAGAAGCAGAUUACUGGCCGCAAUCGCAGCAAGCAGCAGCAGAUGAAGAACAAGGUGGUGGAAGCAGGACGGGGAUGGUGUCAAGAGAGAGGCAUUAUCGAGGAGUAAGGCAGAGACCGUGGGGAAAAUGGGCAGCUGAGAUUCGUGAUCCGAAAAAGGCAGCAAGAGUGUGGCUGGGCACCUUCGACACUGCUGAGGCUGCCGCACUUGCUUACGAUGAAGCUGCCCUCAGAUUCAAAGGCACCAAAGCCAAGCUCAACUUCCCUGAGAGACUCACUACCCCAUGCCCUCCGCCCCCCUAUGCCUAUCAUCACCAUCACAAUAACCACAACCUAUAGAUCACACACAAACCCUUUAUAUGUAUUAUCAUGCGCUCCGCUUCUUUUCACUUUCUUACAAUCUUAU